AUGGUGAAUUUCGCCUGUCGAAGACCGACAGUAAAUCACGACCUCAUCCUGAAUGAUGGUCUACCUUACCUGGAAUUCGACAAUCAAAAUGGCGGGCCGUCCAAGAAGUUCGGUAUCGCCUUGGCUUGUCGCAAACCAGAAAUGACGUUGGUGAAUGCUCGACUGUUGCCGCCUCCCGAUGUCUGUUUUGCUAGUAAGACAGAGAAGUUCGCGGAGGGAAAGUGGAAUUUGAGGGGAAAGAGGUUCGCCCGAUCCACGAAGAAGGACUUGUUGAGCCUAUCUUAUCUUGCAUUGCGACGUAAUGGUACACCUCCUUGCCGGAACACCGACCAAUUUGUCAAAAGCAUCAACGAUGGUUUAAAGAAUUACUUCAACUCUAGUGAAGUGGUCAAGGUGAUCAAAAAUUUUGCUCACGACCAAGCUCUACUCGAGGCUUGCAGUUCUGAUGAGCUUGCCAAAAGGCUUGAGGAAGCCUUCAAAUGGUUACAGCACCAGAGGAUCAAGCUGGUGCUGAUAAUCUUGCCAGACAACCAAGUGAAUACAUACUAUUCUAUCAAGAAAGCCGCCGAUCGCUUGACUGGUAUACACACUGUUUGCAUUGUUCGAGACGCUAAAGGUCUUGUGAAGACGGAUCCAGGUACGGUUGGAAAUCUCAUGCUUAAGAUCAACCAAAAGCUCGGCGGAGUCAACUGGGGACUUAGAGCUGAUCAGGUUUACGCGGAUGUCAUUGGCAAGAACGCAAUUUUCGUUGGUGCAGAUGUCACUCAUCCGGGCCGUGCUGCGAUGCUGAACGCACCUUCGAUUGCCAGCGUGGUCGCUACUUGUGACCAGGAUUAUUUCCACUAUGCUGGAAGCGUGAGGCUUCAGGCGUCACAGGACGAAGAAAAGAAAGCCCUUGAGAUGAUCGAAGACUUCCACGGUAUGAUGGUCGAGCGUUUGAAGCUGUAUCAACACAAGAAUCAAGGGCGCCUGCCCGACCGCAUUUUCUACAUCCGGGACGGUGUCAGUGAUGGACAGUUCCAGCAAGUCCUUGACCAGGAGCUCUCUCAAUUGAAGCGAGCUUGCAAGCAGAUGUACAAGGAUCAGCCGCUGCCCAAAUUGCUUGUCCUGACAACACAAAAGCGCCAUCACACUCGGUUCUUCGCAGACCAAGGAGACAAGAGUGAUUCCAUCGAUAAUAACCGAAACUUCCGUCCUGGUCUGGUUGUCGACACGCAGAUCGUCAGCAAGCAGCACUUUGACUGGUACAAUACUAGUCAUGCCUGUAUCCAGGGUACAUCCAGACCAUGCAAAUACGUCGUACUCUACGACACAAUCGGCGUCUCUGCAGAUCAGAUCCAGAUGAUGAUGUACCAUAUGGCAUACACAUUCGGACGAGCGACUCGCUCCAUCAGUAUCCAUCCAGCAGCCCGCUACGCUGACUUGCUUGCUGAACGAGCUCGACUCCACUUCCGGAGCGUAUAUAAUCCUCCACCCACCCCGCAAGGACAAAAGAAGCCUACCUGCAGCGUAUUGGGCCGCCAUUGGACGGGGUCGUUCCACGACGACGUGAAGGACACGAUGUUCUAUAUCUGA